UGAAUAAAUAAAAUAUGAGUGAUAUAUUGAAGAGAUACAUAAUAAGUAGAGAUUUAGGAGUGGGACGCAAUUCCUUGUAAUACUAUAAAUCAAUUUAAGUGUUUGGUUAGCAAAGUCAAGGCUUGAGAAUGAAUAUGUUGCAAUCAAAGAAUUUCCACGGAUUAAAUUAAGUGAACAAUAGAAUCAUCCUGUGGCUUUGUUUUUUAGGAAUGAAAAGUCAUUUUUCGAUCUAAUAAAUUAUAUGAUAGAGAGUGGCAUUACUUCUAGAAGCCAAUUAAAAUAUAUCAGUUUAUCUAAGUAUUUUAAAUACAUUACCCUUAUUAGGGAAAUUUUAUCAGAGUGGGAUGCGACUGAAGUGAGUCACUAUAUAGUUUUAUAGUUAGCUAAAAAUGGUACUUUAUGAAAAAUGAAUUUAAUAGGUAAUUUAUCAGACUUUCUUACCGAAUACCCUCUUCCAGAGAAAUUAGCUUAAGGAUACAUAAUAUAACUGGCUAAGGGUAAAAAAUCAAUAACAAUGUAGCUGUUAAAAUAAUGCAUGGUUUUAAUUGCGCUCAUAUGGACAUAAAACUUGAAAACGUGCUUUUAGACGAAAACUUUCUCCUCAAAUUAACUGACUUUGGUUUAGUAGUAGAUGCCAAUGUUGAUUCAAAUUUAAUUAAUGGAACUUAAUCUUAUAUGCCACCAGAAGUGCAGACUGGCCAGAAAUAUAGUCCAAAAAUGGCUGAUAUCUUUUCACUGGGAUGUGCAUUUCUUUAUCUUAAAACAGGAUUAUGUCUAUUUGGGUCGGUAUUAACUCUACAUAUAUAUAGGAACGCUAUGUAAAUAUGAAUAAUCCGGAUUAUGUGGAACUCCUAACAUAACCCGAAAAAUUUUGGGCUAAUGCGGUGUAGUCAGUUGAGCAAGCCCGCAAAAUAAAAAUAACAAUCGAGCCAAAAUUCAAAAGACUUAUAGAAAAUAUGCUUAAUAUUGUUCCAUCUAAAAGACCAAACAUAGAUUAGGUGCUGAACGACAGUUAUCUGACAGAAUAACCAGAAACUGAGGAGCAAAUACUAGCAGAGAUGAAGAAAUAAUUCAAUACAUAGUAAACUAUUGAUAUAUGAUUUUAGUGGUCUUUAUAGAUUAAAUUUGAUCUCUGCUGCUGGAGAUCAAGUCUAGGCUACUUUAGGAAUCAUGGAAAUAGAAUAAGUAGGAUUGAACGAGUUUAGGUUUAGAAAUAUUCAUAACGAUAAGAAUUUCGAAAGGAAUGUAAAGAAAUAUUUCAUCUAAAGUAUUUCAGAAAGUCAUGAUAUGAUGUUUGAGACUAAUUAAACAUUUGAGGAAGUUAUGAGAUCUAAAAUUAGUAUGGAAGAGCAAUAAGAAAGAAAGGUUACCAAAUAUUUGGUUAAAAAUAUGAGUGAAACUUGUUUACUUGGAGUGAUAUUAGAAUUAAUACUUGAUGCAAUAACCCUAUACAUAAUUGAUGUUAAAGGAGCAACAUAGGAAAAGAAUUAAAUAAAAAAAAGCAUUAGAAAUUAAUUAAAGAAGAGAAUUGAAAAAGUAGAAAAACAAAACAUUUGAUUUGAAUAUUCUAUUUUUAAUUUAUCAAUAA